AAAAUUUAGAGUCCAACCCGGAAUAUCUACGUUUGUUUUAUUAGGUACUAACUUUGUAGUUUGUUUAAUAAGUAAUAACAUUUUAACGACUUCAAAAUGCAUUUGUUUGUACGUGGUCAAAAUGUUCAUGCUUUGGAAUGUCAAGGAUUUGAGAAUAUUUCACAGAUCAAGAACAAAUUGGCUGCUUUGGAAGAUAUCGAAGAAAAUUUAAUUUCACUGUAUAAUCAAGGUCAACCACUUAAUGACAACCAAAUUGUUGGAGAAUUAAACAACUUCAAUAUUGAUUUCAUUGUUCCAUUGCUUGGAGGCAAAGUUCACGGAUCCCUGGCUCGUGCUGGUAAAGUUAAGGGACAAACUCCAAAAGUUGAGAAAGUUGAAAAGAAAAAAAAGAAGAAAACUGGACGAUCAAAGAGACGUAUUCAGUACAACAGACGUUUUGUAAAUGUUGUUCAAACUUUUGGACGCAGGAGAGGACCAAAUGCCAACUCUUAAAUUGUUUUGCUCUUUAUAUAUUUAAAAUAAAUAAUGUGGUAAUACUUUGAGAUU